GGUCGACCUGAGCGGGACCUGGCUCACACCGCUCUGAAACUCAAUGCCGCCGCUCCGGGGCACCGGGAAAUAAGAGGCUAUUGUUCGAGACCUCCGCGUCUCCUCCGAAAGGACAUGGAACCCGAGUACGGCGCCCUGGGUCGCUGCGUGUGCUGCUUCUGGCUCGCCGUGGCCUUUGACAUCGUGGGACUGGCCGUGCUCCUCAUCGGGGUGUUCGUCAACGUGUUUUUCUACGACCUGCUCAUCUACGCGGGCGCCAUCGUCAUUUUCCUCAGCCUCAUCUGGUGGGUGUUCUGGUACUCCGGGAACAUCGAGGUGCCCCCGGCGGAGCUGGAGGAUGAUGUCGGGCUGCUGAAGAAGAAGAAGGGCGACUUGGGCGGCCUCGGCGGCGCGGUGAGGCGCAUCUCCAGCCGCUUGUCCAGCAGCAUCAGGGGCUCCUUCCGCGGGAACGGACCACCGACCGGCGGCGUCGCGACACGCUCGCGGCGGUCGGCCGCGGGGCCGCAGGUGUCCCCGCACGCGGAGCAGGUGUCCGUUGCCAUGGGCACCGUGACCCCGCAGGAUAACUUCCCGCACACCGCAGCCUCCUCGGUGGCGGGCUGUCACGUAGAGAUGCCGCACACGGCCACGGAGAGUUCGCCGACAUAGUCAACAGAGACUUAUCUGGAUCCUUGCAACACUAUACGAAGAACAUGACCUAGAGACUCCUAAGCUGUCUUCACUUGACUUCAGUUGAUGCUUCAUUUUUUUUUUUUUUUUUUUUACUGUUUGUGUUUUUGAGAUUAUGAGAAAUCAUUGAAUCAAAUCAUUCAUUGUGAUAUCUGCACACGCGUUACCGGUUGUCGAGUUUAAGAAGACCUAAGGAUGGAUAUUUUCUCAACAAAUCUUCGAGAGACUUGCAGCGGUUCAUGGUGUGAUUUCCCAGGAAAUCCACAGUGAACUAUGAGUGAGCAUCAAUGGACUUAACCAGAGAACUUGUUUACAUGUAGGUAAAAGAAACUGAGCUCAGCCCAGAUUUAACCAGAACGUCCACACCUCAAAUCUGAGCCGCCACCAAACUAAACCUGUGUUGGUUUUUACGGGUUUUUCUGUGACCGCCAACCGGGGGGGGCUCCCACGCUUUCGUUAAGUCCUGGCAAUGUAAUGCAAUAGCAAUGUUGGGGGGCCAUUCACAAAAAAAAGGUAGAGUUAGAGGUAACGUGGAGGCGAGACAGCAAACCUCAGUAACCGUGCUUAACGUUAGCAGACAUUGGAAAUGCCACAUGUCUUUCACCAGUUUUCAUUUUUUAUGUAUUUUCUCCUCUGUACCCACACAUGUCUGAGGAAUCAAAAUUGUGGCUUGUGAGGCUUAAUUAAGUCUGCAGGUUUGUCAACAAUUUUCUAUGCUAAUGGACCCCCAGAUGGCAAUUGUUUGUCUAACCUAGCAACAGUAACACAGGAAGUUUGACAAAGGGUAACAAAGGGUUUAUGCUAAUGGUUAUUUGUGUUUGGUCUACUGUAAGAAAGAAAGAAAAUGGUUUAAUUUUCAGGCUGUGUGAACUGAAAAGGUAAAACUGAUCUGUCUGCUAUGUGUGACUUUGGUUUAUAUGUAUGUUAUGUCUGUUUUGUGUGACUGAAUUGCCUUGCUGUGAUAUUGUGUACACAGUAAAUGUGUCUAGUUUGUUCUUUCUCAGGUCUUUCUCACUGAAGAACUCUUGAAUUUUGAUGACACUUCCUGAUUAAAUAUUUUUUAACCAAA